GUGGAGCGCAGCUCGCUGUCUCGGAGAGCAUCGUUUGCCAACCAAAGCCACUAAAAGUACACCUUUUUUUAUGUGGAUUCCUCAUGUUUUCAUCAGAAACUUGCCGGAAUAUGGAGUAUGAAUUCUGUGCGUAAAAGAGACGUUUAUGGAGAUGAUGGAUAAUGUUGGAGAGGCUGGAGAGUGCGAUUUAAUGGAAAGUGUCAUUAUUUCGGAAGUGAGAGGAAAGCCUUUGCUCAGUGUGGAGCAGUGAGAGAACCCCCUGCAGGUAUGAACAGCACAGUAGUAAAGGGGAGUUUUAAGCCGCCCACCAUCCCGGUGAUUAUGUUCAUUUUUGGGGUGGUGGGGAAUGUCAUCGCCAUAGUGGUUCUGCGGAUAUCACGAAAGGAACAAAAAGAGACGACUUUUUAUACACUCGUGUGCGGCCUGGCAGUGACAGACCUCCUGGGCACCCUCCUGGCAAGCCCCGUCACUAUCGCCACCUACAUGAAGGGCUCCUGGCCGGGAGGAGACCCACUUUGCCAGUACUCCGGAUUCAUCCUGCUCUUCUUCUUCUUGGUCCAGCUCAGCAUUGUGUUUGCCAUGUCAGUGGAGAGAUACUUGGCAAUAAACCAUGCUUAUUUCUACAACGAGUACAUCAACCAAAAACUUGCUGCAUUGGCUCUUUUGGCCAUUUACAUCACCAACAUCGUGUUUUGCGCGCUGCCCAAUAUGGGACUCGGCCAAGUGAAGCAACAGAAACCGGGAACAUGGUGUUUCAUAGACUGGCAAAACAACCACACAACUGUCGCCACUUUCAACUUGAUGUACGCAGGUGUGAAUUCAGUCAUCGUGCUGGCCACUGUCAUAUGCAACGUGAUGGUGUGCGGUGCUCUGAUCCUCAUGCACAAGCGCUACCUCCGACGGACGUCUCUGGGCACAGACCAGCGGCGCAUCGCGGAGCUCAGGCGCAGACGGAGUUUUGGACGUUUGGCCGGAGCAGAGAUCCAGAUGGUCAUCCUGCUUAUAGCCACCUCCGCUGUGGUUCUCAUCUGCUCCAUACCCUUAGUGUUGAGGAUCUUCGUGAACCAGCUCUUCAGAAACCAGAAAGAAGAGCCUUUAGGGUUGAAUAAAGACCUGCUUGCCAUCCGUAUGGCUUCUGUCAACCCUAUUUUAGACCCUUGGAUCUACAUCCUGCUCAGAAAGACAGUGGUCCUCAAACUGAUGGAGAAAAUCAAGUUUCUGUUCUGCAAAAUGGGAGGGCGGGGAGGGAGGAGAGGGGGUCAGUUCCGCUGUGUCGACGGCCACCUCUCCUCCUCCUUUGUGUCUCGGGAUUCCCCAUCACUGGUGUCACGUGAGCUACGGGAGAUGGUGAGCUCCUCGCAGGUCUUUUUGUACCCGUCGGAAGGACACAGCGGGAGGCUGGGCUCGUUUCAAUCAGGGGCACAGGCCAGCUCCAGUCCAACAGCUGCAUACACGUUACAGGGCUCCCAGGAGGUGGAGAGGCCUCAGAGGGGACUUUCACAGACUGAUUUAGAGGACACAGCGCUAGGCCGGCCACUAAAAGAGCUUCCAGUAUGCUCCAACCCGGCACUACAUGUAACUUUCACAGAUGAGACUGCCAACAUGCAGGAGAAAUGCAUAUAACUUCUGAAAAAACAUCCACCACUGUAAUUGGACUGUCUCGAGACAGAAGAUAGGAACUAAAGCCUGCACUGCAAAGACAUAAUGACAAUGGAAAAACGUCUGAAGACUGAAUAAUCAUCCAUCAAUCUGUAGAUAUCUAUGUGACAUAGCAGACAGAUAUUACUGAACCAAAUAUCCAUUAUUAAUGUAUUACUCCUCAAUUGUAGCUGACCACAAACACCAUAUCAUUAAAUUCACUUCAGUACAAUCACAACCGUUAUAUCCACAAAACCGUAAAGAAUAAUAUGACAUUGUAGAGGAGCUCCUUUUGUUGCACUUUUCAAAUUCUUAAACCACUGAGAGGCUGUUAGUAGGCUAAUGUUUGUUUUGUAGCACAAUGAUAGUAAAGAAUUAAUGAAAAAAAAUGUGAACAGUGUUCCAUGAUGUUAAUUUAUUUUAAGUAUGAAAAUGUACGUUAUUGUCUUCUCUGUGAGAAGGAACCAGAUAGUGUGGAGCCAUUUUAAAUCGGUACAAGAUGAAAAUGUUCAGUUUUCUUUUCUUUUCCUUUUUUUUUUUUUUUUGGUACAUAGCAACAUUUGCAAGUAAUUUGGUCAUACUGGUUGACAGAACAGCUCUAACAUCAAAGCUAAAGUCAUACCAUCAUCUGCAUUUCGUAACACAAGGCAGCUAUGUUGUGGCUUUUUCUACAGUACAAAUCCUGGAAGAUGUUAGGAGGCCUUCUAAAGUAAUGCCUUAAUAUAUACUCUCCACUACUUUGUAAGGAUUAAUCCAACAUCUUCUUGUCUUACCUUUACGUGCCCCUUAUGUAAUCAGAUUUUAUAGGAGAAUGCAAAUAGAAGACAUCAUUGAGUUUAGGGGAUUUGUCUAUUCCUGAAAUGAUUUAACACGGCAUUCAUGUUAUUCAUGCUGUAAAGAUGCAUCUAAAUAUCAAAACAUGUUCAUAUGACAAAGUUCUUUUUUUGUUGUUGUUGCAACAGCCAGACACAUUUAACACAACAAGGUUUACUCUCUUGUGAACUACAUGUUGUACCAAGCUCAUGAAAAAACUGAAAAUAAAAGUUGGAAAAUA